GGUUUCCUCCGUCAGGAAUUUCGAAACCCUAACCGUCGUAGUCGAUUUCGAGAUCCAACUUAUUUCACAGGGUCGUCUCGUGAAUGAUGGAUCAUGCUACGGAGGAGGAGGCUAGGGCUGCAACAACGGUCUUUUGGGACAUCAUGAAGUGUCCGGUUCCCGAUGGCUUAAAUCCUGGUCUGGUCCUUCCGUGUAUUAGGCGGUUUUUGGAUAGGAAUGGCUACCGUGGUCCUCUCACCGUCACUGCCUUUGGCAAACUAUCCGACGUACCUACUGAGAUCCUGAGACAAGUCUAUUCCAGUGGAAUCUCUCUUUCCAUCGUCACCCCCUGUCACUUAGACAUUUCAGACCUCGUAGAUACAAAUCCAACUCCAGCUAAUUUUAUGGCCAUAUCUGCCAAAGACGCCUACCCUGGUUUUUUUAGGGUUCUAAAAAUGUUUGGCUAUAACCCUCUCGAGCCGUUUCCAUUUUAUUCUUUUGACAGCUUAGAUUUAAACGCACUUGAGGAGAAAACAGGGGAAUCUGCCUUGUGGGAUUGCUUUGUAUGCGCCCGUGAUCCUCCUCAACAAAGCUUUGAUAAUCUCAUCGCUCAUCUAUCUUGUGAAGAACAUCUUCGAAACUUUCAUCGCUCCAUGGAAAUGGAGGCUAGGAAUACUGCGCCUCCUCUUCCAGUUGACACUGUCAAGGUGAAUUCGCCUGUCAAAAAAAGUCUGAAGCUGACAAACGUUCUACCACCUGAUAAUAGACUAUGCUGGGAGGAUGUAAAGAGGACUCAUGACACAAUUGUCGUUUGGGACAUCAAUACGUGUCCAGUUCCCCCUGGUUUUGAUGCUAGGAUGGUCAGUCUGCACAUCAGACAUUUCUUGUUUAAAAAAGGCUACUUUGGUCAUGUCAAAAUCAUUGCCAUUGGCGUUCUAACAGACGUUCCUGAAGACAUUCUGGGAAAAGUCUAUAUCACUGGAAUCGGUCUUCAUAAUGUCCCAUACGGUCCCUCAGACACUGUGGAGUUCGUUUCUGAGCUUUUCAAUAAUAGUGGUCCUCUACUUAACGUAAUGGUCAUAUCCAAUGCCAAAAUCUUUGCUUAUCCUGCAACCUAUCUACCAGGGAGAUGCAACCUUGUGCAGCAUUUUCCCUAUGAUUCUCUUCAAUGGUUUUUUCGGCCAGACUCAGGGGCACUUGAGGAGGCUCAGAGCAGUCCACCUGGUGAACUUGCCAGUUUCUUCUGCUCAGUAUGCAAUUAUCGUAGUGCUCCUAAUACAGACUUUCUUUGUAUCACCAAGCAUCUCUCUGGUACAUACCAUCAACCGAAGGUAAGCAACUCCAAUGCUUAAGCUCACCUCUAACUGAGCCUCAUGAGAAAGACUUCGGAGCUGUAACAUCGGUCUUUUGGGACAUCAAGAAGUGUCCGGUUCCACCUGGCUGUGUUCCUCGUCGGGUCGGUCCGUGUAUUAAACAGUUUUUGGAGAAUGAAGGCUACUAUGGUCCUCUCACCAUCACUGCCAUUGGCGUACUAACAGAUGUACCUAGUAACAUCCUUAAAGAAGUCUAUUCCACUGGAAUAGACCUUAAUCUCAUAGCCUCUGGGUUUUAAGCCACUUUGGAUCGCUUUAUCUGUGAGUUUAGUGUUAAGAAUCCACCUCCAGCUAAUAUAAUGGUCAUAUCCGACGCAAUGUCCUUUGCUUCUGUUCAUGCUUUCCGGUUAGAAAUGAUGGGAUACAACAUUCUUCUGCCGGUUCCAUCUCAUUCUUUUGAAGGCUUUUUCCGGGCAGAUUCGGGAGCACUUGAGGAGGAUAAGUGCAGUGAAACGAGUGAAUCUGCCUUCUGGAUUUGCUCGGUAUGCUCCGACAAUCAUCAUGGCCAAGGGUUUGAAAAUUUUACCACUCAUGUUACUAGUUGGCCACACAAGCGGAAGUUGUUGGACUGGUUGCUGCGAAAGCUCGGUUUCUUCUAAGGGAGUGUGGUCCAAACCGUGGUAUCCAAGGCAAGC